CCAGGCAGGUGGUGGUACUGGUGAGGGCUGCCCAGGGAGAGGGCGGGCGGCCGUCCCAAGGCCAUCUGCCCAUCGGCCCUCCCUCCUUCCCCUCAGAGCCUCCGGCAUGCAGGUCGGCUCCUCGCAGUAGCCCGAGAGCUGAGGGGGGAGGAAACAACUCUCUUCAGGGAGGAAACAAGAUGGGCUCUUGGGAGGUUUGCUCCAGUUGACCCGGCGGGCGCGCUGCAGGCUGGGGCGGCCGGCAUGGCUUGGGGGCUCUCGUGGAUUUGCCUCAUGCUGUGCCUGGAGAAGGCGCUGUUGGCGGACGAGACCACCCCCAACGAGAGCGACCUCUACUCGGAGAACAUCUCCCGAAUCCUCGACAAGCUCCUGGACGGCUACGACAACCGGCUCCGGCCGGGCUUUGGCGGCAAAGGCGUGCCAGGCACCGUGACGGAAGUCAAGACAGACAUCUAUGUGACCAGUUUUGGCCCCGUGUCAGACGUGGAAAUGGAAUAUACUAUGGAUGUUUUCUUUCGGCAAACGUGGAUAGAUGAGCGAUUGAAAUUUGGUGGACCCACCGAAAUUCUGAGAUUGAACAAUUUAAUGGUCAGUAAAAUAUGGACACCAGACACCUUUUUCAGGAAUGGAAAAAAGUCAAUUGCUCAUAAUAUGACAACUCCUAACAGACUUUUCAGGAUAAUGCAGAAUGGUACUAUUCUGUAUACAAUGAGACUUACUAUUAAUGCUGAUUGUCCAAUGCGUCUGGUGAACUUUCCUAUGGAUGGUCAUGCUUGUCCACUAAAGUUCGGGAGCUAUGCCUAUCCUAAAAGUGAGAUUAUUUACACCUGGAAAAAAGGACCGUUGUAUUCAGUAGAAAUCCCACAAGAAUCUUCUAGUCUUCUCCAGUAUGAUUUGAUAGGGCAAACAGUCUCUAGUGAAACAAUAAAAUCCAACACAGGUGAAUAUUCACUUCAGGUGCUCUAUUUCCAUCUACAAAGGAAAAUAGGCUACUAUCUCAUUCAGACAUACAUCCCAUGCAUUAUGACUGUAAUACUAUCUCAGGUCGCAUUUUGGAUCAACAAAGAAUCGGUUCCAGCAAGAACUGUGGCCGGCAUCACUACCGUCUUGACCAUGACCACGCUGAGCAUCAGCGCCCGCCACUCUUUGCCCAAGGUGUCUUAUGCUACGGCCAUGGAUUGGUUCAUCGCUGUGUGCUUUGCCUUUGUCUUCUCUGCACUUAUCGAGUUUGCAGCUGUCAACUACUUUACCAAUCUUCAGACUCAGAGAGCAAUGAGGAAGGCAGCCAGGGCAGCUGCACUAGCAGCCGCCCUCUCCGCAGCCACCGUACCGGCAGAGGAUGAAGUAGUCUCGCACUCAGACUCCAACUGUAACCUGAAGAAGCGAAUGAACUCCAUGACCUCUCAGAUUGAUCAAUCCCCUGAAACAAGCAUAUUGUCCAACAGUCCAUCUCAAGGUCAAAGAGCAUCUCUUCCUUCACUGCAGCCGCCACCACCGUCUCCUCCUCCACUACCACCACCAGGAUUCGGAGGCCCGAGUAAAAUAGAUCAGUACUCCAGGAUUCUCUUUCCAGUGGCAUUUGCAGGAUUCAACCUAGUCUACUGGGUGGUUUACCUUUCCAAAGACACCAUGGAAUUUUUUGAACCUACUGCAAUGCAUCUUCGAAGUGAUCAUCAAGCCAACUGAUGAGUACAGACUGUAGCGUGACACAGAACUAAAACGAUUUGCCGGACUUAAUGACUUUGGCCAAAGGAAGAUUGUAGAACUCUGGUCACUGUGAAUGUAGACUGCUUCUGCAUUUUUAAGAUACCACCAGCAGACAAGACCUGUAGCACAUGAACGACACAAUCCACAUAAUGCUUCUACCCUACAGAGGGUGAUUGGUAGAACAAGUUCUUCUGUUAAUGUGCUUCAUGUUGUAGCUAGCUUGCUAAACAACUCAGGGCAAUGUCCGGGAUUAAUUAAUUCAGUUUUAUUAUGACGUGACUGUUCCAAACAUAGUGCUGCCAAGUACAAAUUCAGAUAGUGCACUUUUAUGGCAGAGAUACCACUUUGUACAUAUGAACACAAAUGUACAAAUUAUGUGAACAGGUAUAUGUUUGCAGAAUUUAUUUGGUAUUAUUCCCAGGUAACUGUACCUGGGAUUAUAGUUUAGUCCUACCAAUUUAAGUGAAGCAAAACCAUCUUAUGCUAGAGCUGUUAUUUAAAUAUUUCAGGAAUGUGUGCUCUCUAAAGUCUUUAUUGAGCUAUUUAGACUCAUACAGACUCAUACAAAAUAGCAUUCAUCAUGUCCUGAUCAAGGUAGGGAAGAGUGUCAUUUCCACCCCUUUCUGUGCAUAACUGAAAAUAAUCCACACUCGUGAUUCACUGGGAACAACCCUGUACACAUGUAUUCAACAAUGUGUGCCACUCUGUUCAGUAGAGCUUAUUCUCAGGUAGGUAUAUGUAGGAUUUUAGCCUGAAUAGAGUAAUUAGGAGUGAUAGUUGUUGCAGAUUAAAGGCUGUGGGGUAUAAGGUGAUGGGCAUUAUGUUGGUAAACACUGGACAUAAAGCUGUUCAUAGUUUUGGAUACUGUAAUAAUAUUAUGAAUGUUUUUAUUCUACAGUGGCAUUAUUGUUCUACAGUGAAGUUCUAGUUGAUGUGCAAUCUGAGGUAAUUACACAUUAUCUAGACUAAGUCACGGUUCGAACCUGACAGCAGGGGAUAGUUACAGAGAGGGAUCUGGAAGAAAGCUGCUUCCUCAUCAGUUCAUUCCCUCCAGGAAAUAGUUUCCCUGUCCACAUUUGUCACCUUUUCGGCUCUCUUUCUGUUUUGGAAUCUACCUGCAGGUGGAGAGUGGAAAACAUAACUUCAGAUGGCUGCAGUUCAUGUUUAUUGUAGUUAACUAUGCACAGGUGGUCUUUCAAUUCAGAGGUGAAAAGUGACUUUAUUGCAAUACAGAUCCUGGGAUGCCCUAGGCAGCAGCUAUUUAAUGCUUUAAGAACCAGCAGGUUGAAUUGCACUCAGAAACAAAUCAGAAGUCAAUGCAGUUGAUUCAAGACAAAUACAAUUUGAGCAACAAAGCAAAGGCCAGAGGAGUCUGGCUACUGCAUUUCGUAUUAAAUGCAGUUUCAAAACAUUCUUUAGGAGCCACUCCACACAGAGGACACUGCAGCAAUCUAACUAGGUCAUAAUUAAGGCAGAGAUUAUUAUGGCCAAAUCUGCCUUCUCCAGGAAGGAAUGGACCUCAGUGCACCAACUAAGACUGUACAGUAUAAAGGAACCCUGGGAUGCAGCAGGGUUGACCAUCCAGGUGCUAAACUGCAGUUUAUUUUAACUAUCAUACCUGUUUAAUAAUCAAUUUUCAUAGCCCAUGGUCUGAGCUGGCUUGUUUCCAGCAAAUAAAAAAUUGUAUUUAAUGACUUUCCCUCACGCUCCUGUGAUAUAACAAACCAUGGUUAAAAGAAUGUAAAUCUAAGCUUCCAAAUUUCCCCUCCUGGGGAAAGGAGGAGAGCUCUGCGCGUGUGUACGCGCAUGUGGGGAGUGUCAGACCCCAAAGGUGGAGGCUAGGCAUGUUCUCAUAAUGUUGCACUACAGUUGAGCAUCACAUGUGAACCACACCACCUUUCUUGUUUUUUUUUUAAGGGAUGCUGUGCAUUCCAUCAUUUAAACGAAAAAGACUAGCACUGAAAUAUUUGAAUUGCUUGAAAGAAGUUGAAAUGUCAACUGUUGGCCUUGGCAUUCUGUUUGCUUGCAUAUAUAUUUUGCAUCUCUUUUUACAUAAUAUUUCAGUACAAAGUAUUGCCAUCAAGUUGAACAGUUCUUUCAUCUCGUUCUGGAGGUAUUUCAUAUUGUGGAACAAUUUUAUAGCAUGUAUUUUUGCUACACGUUUUUUAGAUGUUAUGAUCUUGAGAAUGUCUUGGCAUAACUGUAAUUAAAGGAAACUUUACUAAUCAAAUUGAUCCCCAACACUUUUUCCUUCUAGGAAAAACUGGAUUGAAAGUCCAUAAUAUGAUAAAACCCACAAUACACUGUAUAUUCUAUUCAAAACACAUUGUGAGUGAAGACUGCAUAACAGAGUUUGGAAAAGUUACUUUUUGGAUGAGAACUUCCAGAACCAUCUGGCCGGCAUGGCCACUAUCUAUACUGACAGGGGUUUUUGAGAGUUUAAGCCUAAAACACGACCUGGGGUUCAAAUCCCAGGUAGCCGGCUCAAGGUUGACUCAGCCUUCCAUCCUU